AUGUGGGGUCGCUUAUUUCAUUUCACAGCAGAUGCUGUUCUCAUUUCAGCUGUGCUUGCCGGCAUCAAAAGAAAUUCAGGUUUACAACCUGCCACAAGUCAAAUAGAAAACGACGAAAUCCGUAAAUAUGCUGAUAAAUAUCUCAGUGUUGGUGAAUGGGUUGUCGAUUCUGGCGUAGUUUUCAUGAAUAAUUCACCUUAUUUCGAACGCAAAAAUUAA